AUGACUAAACCUCCUCCAUUUUCUCUCACGGCCUUUGGCUGUGUCCUAUUCUUCUUCUUAUCCUCCUCUGUUGUUUUAGCACUCACCGACGCAGAAGCCUCAUUCAUUGCGCACCGACAGCUAUUGACAUUACCUGAGAACGGCGAUCUUCCUGAUGAUAUUGAGUAUGAGGUUGAUCUCAAGGAGACAUUUGCCAACAAUAGGCUCAAGAGAGCUUAUAUAGCUCUCCAAGCAUGGAAAAAAGCAGUCUAUUCAGACCCGUUUAACACCACCGGAAACUGGCAUGGUCCGCACGUAUGCCGCUACACAGGCGUGUUUUGUGCACCAGCUCUUGAUGAUCCUAACGUCGCGGUUGUGGCCGGUGUAGAUCUUAAUGGUGCAGAUAUUGCAGGGCAUUUACCUGUUGAGCUUGGUUUGAUGACGGAUGUGGCCAUGUUUCAUUUGAAUUCGAACCGGUUUUGUGGUAUCAUACCCAAGAGUCUCGAUAGGUUGAAGUUAAUGUAUGAGUUCGAUGUCAGCAACAACCGUUUUGUCGGACCUUUCCCUUCAGUUGUUCUUUCGUGGCCGGCUGUUAAAUUCAUCGACCUAAGAUUCAAUGAUUUCGAAGGUCAAGUCCCCCCUCAGCUUUUCAAGAAGGAUCUCGAUGCCAUUUUCUUGAACAACAAUAGAUUCACUUCCACCAUUCCUGAGUCUCUUGGAGAAUCCUCAGCUUCGGUGGUGACCUUUGCUCACAACAAAUUCAAUGGUUGUGUCCCUAAAAGUAUAGGAAACAUGAAGAAUCUUAACGAAAUCAUAUUUAAGGACAACCAUCUUGGAGGCUGUUUCCCAUCAGAGAUCGGAAAGCUAGCCAAUGUGAACGUUUUUGAUGCUAGCAUGAACUCAUUCACAGGUGUUCUACCGCAGAGCUUUGUUGGGCUUACUGGUGUCGAAGAGAUCGAUAUCUCUGGAAAUAAACUCACUGGGUUUGUGCCUGAGAAUAUCUGCAGGUUGCCUAAGUUGGUUAACUUGACGUACGCCUACAAUUACUUCAAUGGACAAGGUGAUUCGUGUGUCCCAGGUAGUCAGAAGGAGAUUGCAUUGGACGAUACACAUAACUGUUUGCCAGAUAGGCCUAAACAACGGUCGGCCAAGGAAUGUGCGGUCGUGAUUAGUCGUCCCGUUGAUUGUAGCAAGGACAAGUGUGCUGGUGGAGGUUAUAGCCCCUCUACACCAUCGAAGUCCAAGUCACCAUCACCGGUGCCAUCUCGGCCAGUACAUAAUCCACAACCACCGAAAGAGUCACCAAAACCAAAUGACCCAUCUGACCAGUCUCCUGUGAUGUUCAGGCGCAGCCCGCCUCCCCCACAGCCACAUCACCCGGUGGUUUCUCCUCCGUCCCAUAUUCAGUCUCCACUGCCUCCGGUAUAUUCUCAACCACCGCCACCAAUCCAUUCACCACCACCACCGGUACAUUCUCCUCCACCACCAGUCCACUCACCACCACCGCCUGCACCAGUCCACUCGCCACCACCACCUGCACCAGUCCAUUCACCACCACCACCUGUUCAUUCUCCACCACCACCACCACCUGUCUAUUCUCCACCACCACCUGUCCAUUCACCCCCACCACCAGUGCAUUCACCUCCAUCACCUGUUCAGAAACCACAACCUUGGAAAGAGUCACCACAACCAAAUGAUCCAUACGAUCAAUCUCCCGUUAAGUUCCGACGCAGCCCACCUCCGCCACAUCAAUCACAUCCCCCGAUGGUUUCUCCUCCGCUUCCAGUUUAUUCUCCACAGCCACCUGUUCAUUCACCACCACCCACACAACCAGUGUAUUCACCUCCAUCACCGGUUCAGAAACCACAACCUCCAAAAGAGUCACCACAACCAAAUGAUCCUUAUGGUCAAUCUCCAGUGAAGUUCCGACGCAGUCCGCCUCCACCACAUCAAUCACAUCCCCCGAUGGUUCAUUCUCCACCGCCACCGGUAUACUCUCCACCUCCUCAACCAGUCCACUCUCCACCACCACCACCAAUUCAUUCUCCUCCCCCUCCAGUCCCAUCACCGCCACCUCCAGUCCCAUCACCACCACCUCCGGUACAUUCUCCUCCACCACCGGUCCAUUCACCUCCACCACCGGUCCAUUCACCGCCACCGCCGGCCCAUUCUCCUCCACCUCCAGUCCAUUCACCUCCGCCACCCGUCCAUUCACCACCUCCACCACCAGUCCAUUCACCACCUCCACCACCACCAGUAUAUUCUCCACCGCCACCAGUCCACUCUCCUCCACCACCAGUCUAUUCACCUCCACCACCUCCACCGGUAUACUCUCCACCACCACCGAUAUAUUCUCCACCACCACCAGUCCACUCUCCUCCACCACCUGUUCUCUCUCCACCGCCACAAUCACCAACACCAAUUCAAUCUCCACCACAAACACCGGUCAACUCUCCUCCCUCACGAACACCGACACAGACCAUAGAAGCACCACCUCAAAGUGAUGAAUUCAUCAUACCACCAUUUGUUGGUCACCAAUAUGCAUCACCACCACCUCCAAUGUUUCCGGGCUAUUAA